GGGCCCCGCUCCUGAGGGGCUGGCGGGGUCUGCAGGACCCAGGGAUAGUUGUAGCGGUUCUGCUCCUCACGACGCAGACAUGGCAGCCGAAAAGGACCAGCAGAAGGAUGCCGAGGCGGAAGGGCUGAGUGCCGCCACUCUGCUGCCGAAACUGAUCCCCUCCGGAGUGGGCCGUGAGUGGCUGGAGCGGCACCGCGCAACCAUCCGGCCCUGGGGCACCUUCGUGGACCAGCGGUGUUUCUCGCGACCCCGCAACCUGGGCGAGCUGUGCCAGCGCCUCGUACGAAACGUGGAGUACUACCAAAGCAACUACGUGUUCGUGUUCCUGGGCCUCAUCGUCUACUGUGUGGUGACGUCUCCCAUGCUGCUGGUGGCCCUGGCUGUCUUCUUUGGCUCCUGUUACAUCCUCUAUCUGCGCACAUUGCAGUCCAAGCUUGUGCUCUUUGGCCGAGAGGUGAGCCCCGCCCAUCAGUAUGCCAUGGCUGGUGCUGUCUCCUUCCCCUUCUUCUGGUUGGCUGGUGCAGGCUCUGCUGUCUUCUGGGUUCUGGGAGCCACCCUCGUGGUCAUUGGCUCCCAUGCCGCCUUCCACCAGAUCGAGGCCAUGGACAGGGAUGAGCUACAGAUGGAGCCAGUGUGAGGUGUCUGCCAGCCUCCAGAGCCAGCUGCCCCAUCCCUGUCCUGCAUGACUCUCCAGCCAAAGGCCCCCUUCCCAUCAUAAGCCCAGGGAACCAGCUUUGGAAAUAAAGCUGUUGUAGUCAUCAUUCAGCACAUA